AUGGUUCCAGCCUCAGAAGCUCGUGCCCUGAUGGAAUCUGCUCUUGAAGCAACGAUGGCGUUGGAUGGGUCACGGAGUGCCCGCCUGUUGAUGAAACCGGAUCGCAACCAGCUUGCGGUGACUGGUAAGCUGGCGGUUCUAGUUAGGGCGGCGGCGAUGCAUAGCGCCGGAAUAGUUCUGGUGUUUGCUGAUAGGCCUGCUGCGGGAGCUGCUGGCCACAAGGCUGUGGCUGUGAUAACUGGAGGGGGUGUGGCGCACCCUGGCGAAUCUCCUGCCAUGGUCCCUCUCUGA